GUAUUUGACAUGUCUAUCCUAUGCCCUUGACUUGUUGAUCCCCUCCCAGCCUCGACCCGAGGAUCACGAGGGCAGCCUGCCUUAUACAUACAACUCUGAUCCCGCUUGGUCAUCUCUGCCUUCCGUCUUUGUCGGUAGCCCCGUCCACGGUCCACCGUCCACGGUCCACGGUCCACCUUUGCGCCACUUUCCCAUGUGUCCCUCUGGGCCACUUGCCAUUGCCAUUGCCAUUGCCGCCGUCUCGUAACUCUCCGAAACGCUGCACCUCUGGCCUCGCUUUUCCUCCGUGAUACCUCUCCGAUCUCCCUUCCACCAUCCGCUCGACUUCGUCCCGCCGCCCGACCCGCCCCAAACCCGUCAGCCGUACCAACGCAACCCUCCCCGCCCUCGACCGACGCCCUGCCUGCCGUCCCUUAUGUCAUGACGCGAGACGCCACUCGGCCGCUUGAUGCUGGGUCCGCCCCCCAUCACGUCCACCACGAUGGGGAAACAGAUCUCCUGGCCGGGCUUUGGGAGACCGCCCCCUUUGCUCGUCUGCCCUGGGAUGCGCCACCCGAGCUGAAGGAAUUGGUCGAAGACAUACAGAACCCGCGAAGGGUCUACGCCAUACACAAGGCCUGUCGUCGACAUGGCUUCCAGCAGCUGGUCGAGAAGUUCAUAGCCCAACUGCGAGACGGUUGCGGCUCCACCUACUGCACCACCCCGACUUGCUUCUCCUUCCGGAAACGCAGUGUCGGCCGCAUACCCAUACGCCGGUACAAUGUCACCAGCGCGAGGGUCCUGGCUGUCUACAUGGCUAGCCAGGACAACCCCGAGAAUGCCCUCUGCCCGGCUCUCAGGAGCCCAAAGAUGCCCCCCGCCGCACUCGACACCCUCGUCUUCUACCGCAAACCCAGCCCUCAGCACGGCGAGGAUAAACCGCGACCACACGGGAAAGCCCGCACCGUUACUGACAAGGACGCAUCAUCCAAGAGCCGGCAAGUCCGUGUCAAGGCCAAGGUCCAAAUACACUCGACCUCGAGGGAGCCGAACGCUGGGAAGGACAGCAGCACAUCCUCUUCCCCCCAGGAGGCAUCCAGUGCCUCUGAAGGCGCCAAGAUCCAGGUCACCGAGAGACACACGGGCAAGGAUUACCGGUCAUUCGCAGCAAACAUGUUUGGUACCGUUGCUUUCAAAAUGUUGGAAUGGUUGACCCCCAACGCACUCGAUGAUAUGCAUGAGACAGCUUGCGAUUUGGACAAGGACAACCGCGAGGAGGACUUCAGGGAGACAAAACCUCGUCGGAGGAAGUCAUCUCCCCGACCAGAGUCUCCUCGUCAGGGCUCAUCAUCCCCAUCACCCAGAGAACACGAGGUUCAUGACUUCUCCAUUGCCGAAGAGCCCGCCGCCGAAGCAAGAUCAUCGGGCGGCAAGGCCGAAACGCUACACCGCGAGAAGGAGAAUGAGCCACUUGUGAAUGGCGGCGGGUCAAUAUCUACUCGAAGACCCGGAAGUAUGCGCCGCAACUCUAACGCCAGGGUACGCACCAACUCGGCCACCAAACCGAAGCGGAAACUUUCAUUGGACACCUACCCUCCUGAGUUUGUCCCCGACGAGAUGGUUAAUGGCCUCAAAUCGCCACGGUUACCAGGGUUUCAGCCGGAGAAGAACAGUAGGCCUGUCAAGAACACGACCUCGACUUUGUCCCGACCCCCGCCCCAGGCAAUUUCAGCCGAUUAUCUGGCGAGAAAUCGCGCAGAGGAGUCCUCGCCCGCCCCGCCCGAGGACAGGAGCAAGCCUGUCCCGGCACAAGUCAGCGAGAGCGUGGGUCAACGAGAAUCGGCCACCCCGGAGUCGGACCAUCAGAGCACGCCGUCCGAGACAUCUGCGAGCGACUGCUCCAUGGCCGCUGCUGAUGGCGACAAUGAGCUUACGUAUGACUCAUUUCUGCCACAGGCCAUCUCACGUCUGAACGUCGACGUGGUUGAUUUUGUCUGUGAUGUGUUGCAAGAUGACGGCACGCGGGAGCAGCAUUUGCUUGAGCCGGCCGAAGUGCCCAAGUCGUUACGGGCUCCGCCAACGAAGCGUGCCGGAAAAUUGAAGAGAAGGCACCGGUCCAAGAGACUGUCUUAUCCCAUGGAUCUCAAGAAAGAGUGGAAGCUGUUCAUCGAACAGAGUCUGUUCUACACGCUCAGUGACCCUCACGCUCUCAUUCACUCCUUCACUCAUAAAGGCGAGCUGAUCGACUCUCAGGCUCUCUGGUAUUGCAUGUUGCGCAUGACCAGGGUUGCACCGACCCUCGUUUAUCACUGCCUCUGGCUGUCUGCGGCACACCUCUUUGCUCCUCCAAAGUCCGUUCAAUCCCUGAGGUCACCCACUGCCAGGCUCUUCCCGAAACAGGAAAUGUCCUUGUCGAAUGCCGAAGCAGGACGGCUGAUGUCAAUCUGCCUCCAUGCCUUGAUUGCUGCAGCGCCUGUCGUGUCCGAGAAGAGCCAGCUCACGGAAAUGUCACGAUUGCGAUCACAGGGUCUGAGUCUGGCAGCGAGUGGUAGCCAGCCUGCGGAACUCUGCCUGCAGUACGAUGACGCCUUCUCUCACGAAUUGGCAAUGAGGCUGGCAAGGAGGCUGUUGUCAGCCAUCACAGCGCGCAGAUACUUUGAUGAGAUGUUGAGCCAGGAAUCCGCUUUUGGUGACACCAGUGAGGAGCCAGAUAUCCUCGCACCUCUGUUUACGCAACUCGACGCUCUCAGCGUGAGCAAUGAAGAAGGUCUACACGAGACGCGCAUGUCUACUCUGCUUCUUGACUGGGCUCGCGCGGUCAUGUUUUAUGAGUGGGAUGGGAGCCCAGAAGUCCCUGGAGAUGGCCCCUUUGGUGGUGCGCUUGCAUUGACAGAUGCCAUACACAAAAAGAGCCAGGCGCUUCGAAUCACCCACAAGCAGCUUCUUGCCGAUUACUUUGCGGAAACGCUUGAUAACGUGGACAUGCCUGUUUCAUGGUUGUCUUUCACGUCCACCAGACAAAAGGGCCACCUGCUGGACCAUCCCUACAUAUUCAACCCUGACACCUUGGUGUCUUACUUCCGUGCCAUUAACUUUUCGAGGAUGAGUCACGUCUACGAAGAGGCAGCCUCGCUCCAGAACCGACUAGACCGUCUCUUUGAGCAGGCAACGCUGAUAGUGAACCGGCAUCACAAGACUGUGCUGCAAGAUCUCUUGCGCACGGCCAGGUCGAGGUACCUAAUCCUGGAUAUCGGCCGUAGGACCGUCUUGCGAGAUGCCUUUGACCAGCUCUGGCGCCGUGAGGAGAGGGAGCUGCUCAGACCACUAAAAGUACACCUGGGUGAGGAUUCCGGAGAGGAAGGUUUCGACUCUGGCGGAGUACAGCAGGAAUUCUUUCGCCUUGCCAUAGCCGAGGCUUUGAACCCUGACUACGGUGCCUUCACCAUCGAUGAAAGAAACAGAAUGGCAUGGUUCCGGCCUGGAUCCACCGAACCUGAUUGGAAGUUUGAACUUGUCGGCCUGCUUGUCGGCCUUGCCGUGUAUAAUGGUCUUACCUUGCCCGUCAGCUUCCCCAAAGCCCUUUACCGCAAGCUCCUCGGCGAACCGGUCACAGAUAUCCAUCACAUCAACGAUGGGUGGCCGCAGAUAGCGAGCGGCUUAACUGAGCUUCUGGAAUGGGACGAGUCCAGCGGUGCCGUCGAGGACGUAUUCGUCCUCACCUACGAGUUCUCCGUCGAUAUGCUCAACGAGCAUGUCUCGAGGGAGAUGCACUCUGUCUCCCCCGGGUCACAUCCUCCUCCUGGCCAUGAAUGGCCCCAGUUCCCACCCUCAUGUGACACCGGCAACCAGAAGCCACAUUGGACACUUUCUUGCGAGAACCCCGAGGAUGCUCCCCCGGUCACCAAUGCCAAUCGGAAUGCCUACGUCUCCGAUUAUAUCCGUUACAUGACGGACGUUUCAGUCCGUCCGCAGUAUGAAGCGUUCGCCAAGGGCUUCCGCUCCAUCCUCCACCCCAAAUCCCUCAGUCUGCUCAGCUCAGAGCUCCUGCAGAGCCUCGUUGAGGGCCAGCAAGAAAUUGAGGUUAGCGAACUGCGCCGCGCAGCGCGAUACGUCGGCUACUCGUCUACGUCAAGGACGAUCAAGGACUUCUGGAAGAUCGUGAGGGAAUACGAUGAUCAGAUGAAGCGCAAACUGCUCGAGUUUGUCACCGCGAGCGAUAGAGUCCCAGUUGGAGGGAUAAAGAACAUUCAGUUUGUAGUGCAGAAGAACGGCGAGGAGGACGGGCACGACGGCCACCUGCCCACGGCCUACACGUGCUACGGCACACUCCUGCUGCCAGAGUACCGGGACAGGGAGGUCUUGAAGGAGAGACUGAGCAUGGCGUUGGAGAAUGCCCAGGGUUUUGGGUUUGCUUGAGUGAGAGGAGAUGAUGGGCAAGACGGACGGAUGGAUGUGCGGCAUCUUCCUCUUCUGUGUGUAUAAUAUGACGAGUUACUGACCCCUUAUAUCCCGUAUUUCGCGGCAAACGCAACUAUCGGCUUCCAAUAAAGAUCAGAGCGUUUCAUUUUCGUUUAAAA